AUGGCCAAGAAGAAGAUGGCGAGGAAGACGGACUUUGUGAGCCAAGGUGACACAGGCCUGCACAGUGCCUGUGGAGCACAAGAUGUCGCAAAAGGCGCUGCUGGAGAAGCGCCCGAGGCUUUUGAUGUUGUGUACAUCACCUCAGAGUUUCAGAGCUUCUGCGGCCGAUGGCAGUUGCGACUUCGAGAACUAGGCACGUUCGAAGACUGUGAUGUGGACUUUGGUCCAACCGCAGACGACUACUUGGCUUGGCUUUCCGCUCAGGGACCUCUGAGUGUAUGGUAUACCCUCAAGGACAAAGAUCGGGUGGUAUGGAGCCCCUACACCCACAGAUGGCUCCACCCUCCCAGUGAUGAGAGAGGCUGUUCAGCCCCUUCCGCUGCAAGGGCUGACUGGUGGGCUGGUGGUUUGGAAAUUGCUGAGAGCCACAAGCUUGAAGAUCAAUCAGAAGAUCAAUGGAUUGGUUUAAGGGAAAAUCUACAGGAAAGACCCAUAUUUAAUAGGAAAAUCUAUGGUUUCCUGUAA